AUGGAGUUUGCAUGCCACUUUUCAAUCUGGGGACUUCUAGCCUUUAUGACUAUGGCUCUGAUUGUUUCGCUGGUCAUAAAUAUUUCAUACUGCAUAGCAAACAAGCAAAAAGGUUACACGUACAGAGACUAUCAAGAAUAUAGUCCAAGCGAUGAUGAUUAUACUGAAGAAUGCCCAGUUUAUGGCAACCUCAAUCAGGAGAUUUUAGAUGAAUGUUGCUAUGAACAAAUGAAGGCCCAGCCUCGGAGACGCGCUAAUGAAGUAAAGGUGGAGGUUGAAACUCAGAUGUGCUAUGCCUCCCUCGAUCACAGCAUCAAGGAAAAAAACAGGAAGCCUAGGAAAAAGAAAGCUCCUCCAUUAGAAGUGAAUGAAGAAGAGAUGCCAUCUAAAAACAGCACCCUGGCUUCCCAAACUAGCAUUUAUCUCAACAGUGACCAGCUGGCAGCUGAAAAUAAACCAACAGAGGAAGCCAUUCAUGACGACCCUAUCAGGCUGUUUGGCUUGAUUCAUGCAACAUAGGACAAAACAUCUACAGAGGACCCCUGACUCAACUGACAGAUCACACAAGAUGAAGUAGAUCUUUCACUUGUUUAUGUUGUGGGAAAAAGACUGAACAAAUAGUAUCCUGAAUUUGGAAGAAUAGCUUGGUAAAUGAAACCAAUGGUAUAAAUGGGUAAGUGAUUCAUUCAAAUUGUCUGCUGGGCAUAACUGCCAACUAAUUUAGGUCAGCAGGUAGCAGGAUUUUAGACACAGAAUGCUAAUUUUUAAAGCAACCCAAAGAGCUGGCCACCUUCAUAGUUAUCUAUUUUGUAAAGCAGUUACAGGAGCCAAGGACCUCUCAGAAUUUGGCCCCAAAUUAGCAAUUAUCCUGUAUGCUUUAUAGCAGGACUUACUUCUUCAUUUCAGUUGCCCAUGGAUCCCACCUCAAGGGAUCUAAAAAUGGGCCACAUGAUCCUCUGUAGAAAGCUAGCAUAUUUUGCCUGUUAUUCUAUGUUGUUUCAAGAGUAGUUUGGGAAAUCAAAGGCACUUUAAGACUGGCAUAUUUAAUAGUUAAAACUUGUCCCGCUAUUCAAUAUUUAAUACUGUCCUACUGUGACCUACAGUAAUAUUUAAGGUUAAUUAGAAAAUAAUAUAACCGCUUCAGUUCAUUUAAUUAGUGCUUUGUAUACCCAGCAAACGUAAUGCUAUUCGAAUAUACUCUUAGCUUUCUAUGGCGAACAGUACCAGAAUCUCAAAUCUCUACUUCUGUACCAGUAACAUUUUCUCGGUCUAGUCAACAAUCUGUAAAAGAAAGUGGCAAAUGAUCUGUGAAAAUAAGGCUCCUGAGGAGGACAAAAUGAUUUCUACUGGGUUUCACAUUGUCACUUUAAAAACUAUUUUAGGAAGAUAGGAAAAGUCUUUUUACUCCCCAAACAAUUCAGUAACUGUAUGCAUAGGUCAUACUUAAAAAUGUACAGCACAAUUUUAUCUUGAAAGCUCUUUGGGGGGCAAAGACUAAUUUUAUGUAUGGCACAUUUUGGGUGCUACGUGAAUAGGAAUAGUAGCAAACACCAACACACCACUGCUAUAAUGCUGCCGCAUCUGGGUGCCAGGGCAAAGGGGUAGAUUUUUCCCAUAUGAAAAGCAUAAAGAAAAACAGAAAGAACUUGAUUGCUCAAGGUCCUAUUUAAAAGCAACACACAAAUUGACGUGCUCUCCUAGAAACUAUUUCAUUCUAAGUGAGAUGUAGACAACUAAUGUUGCAGAGGCAGAAAUAAUGCUAGUAGGAAAUCAACAGAAAAUACAUGAGGCAUUAUAAAAAAACAAUUCCCCAGACUAAUACCUCCCUGCCCCCUAAACCUGAAGCUAAACACAAGGACAUCAGAACAAGAAAUGCUAUCUUAAUCUGGUUGCCCUAAUUACCAUAGUUGAGUGAGACUGAAACAAAGUAAAAAGACUUAGCUGCAUAUCAACAAGCUCUUGGCUCCAUGAGCCAAAAAAGUUUUGAACAGCAUCUCUGUUAAUGGUGAGAUGUAAAAUAAGUAUUUCAACUAAGCUGACACACCAAACAGAUCUAGUACCAAGCCCCUUCAAGGUGAUUAAAAAUAAGGCUUAUCUAACUAAUUAGGCAAGCAAACAGCCCCCAGGACAAGCAUUCAUGUUGUCACAUGUUUGUGUUAUACAGAGAAUCAAAAUAAGGAAUAUAGUAUUCUCAGUUAAUACAAUUUAUGAAGACUUUUAUCUAAAUAAAGAUUGGCUAAGGUCCAUUACUUCCUAUAUGUCUCUCACUUUUUCAAAGGGCACUCCUACCCCACAGUACCCACUUGCUGGCUAGAUAGCUCUGCUGAGGCCUGCCUUAGUUUCCCUUUAACUCAGUCUCCCUUAAAAAGUCCACACAGGCCAGAUAUUCAGAACAUUCCCCCCUCCUGGGGUCCAGUUUAUUAAGACCUGCAGAAAGUCUUUCAAAAGAAAACUCAGACUUACAAUCUCUUCAUCCCAGUUUCCUCUAGGACCAGUCCCUCCUCCCUGAGGCUCUGUCUUCCCUACAGACUUCCAGUACUGUUCACCUCCAGUUCCAAACUAAGCACAGCCAGCCUUCCUGGAGGCCUGAGGUAUAGCCUUUUCCAUUACUACCUUCCUCCUCCUGAUUCACAGCCCAGCCAGGGCCUUCUUAUGCCUUACAGCACCUGUGAGUAACUGCUAACAACCUGCAGCUGUCUAGCCCUUUGUAAGGCCCAGGUGCCUUCUCUGAAGCACAACUAGGCAGCAGGUAAUCAGUCCAGGUGCACUGGACCUCACACUCCCUCUCAAAGGGGCCAGUGACAUUGUAAUACACUGUUUGUACUCUGUGCAUGGUCUGUAUCUUUGGCUUCCCUGCCUCACACUGAAAAUCCCACGUCUCUGAUAAUCAAGGUUCAGAGAACUUUACCAAAGCCCCAAUUCCACAAAGCACUUAUGCUUAAGGCCCAUUCAAGUCAGUGGGAUUUAAGCACUUGCUUCACUUAAGGGCAUGUACUUAAAGUCGUUUACUGAGUUGGUGCCCAAGUCAGUACACUUGGUUCCCUCUGUGGCAUUGUCAGUCUUCACUGAUUUCAGUCAAGCUAUGACAAUUUACACCAACAUAGGGCGUACAAUAUUCCUUAUACUUGUCCCUUGGUGGUUUGUUGGGAGAAGUGAAGAUGGAAGUUAUCAGCAGUUCUCUCCCACACUCAGCUUUCCCUCCCUGGCUGAUCACUGCAAUGGUUAAGAACAUAAGAAUGGCCACACUGGGUCAGACCAAAGGUUCAUCCAAACCAGUAUCCUGUCUACCGAUGGUGGCCAAUGCCAGGUGCCCCAGAGGGAGUGAACCUAACAGGUAAGGAUCAAGUGAUCUCUCUCCUGCCAUCCAUCUCCACCCUCUGACAAACAGAGGCUAGGGACACCAUUCCUUACCCAUCCUGGCUAAUAGCCAUUAAUGGACAUAACCUCCAUGAAUUUAUCCAGUUCUCUUUUAAACCCUGUUAUAGUCCUAGACUUCACAGACAAGGAGUUCCACAGGUUGACUGUGUGCUGAGUGAAGAACUUCCUUUUAUCUGUUUUAAACGUGCUACCCAUUAAUUUCAUUUGGUGGCCCCUAGUUCUUAUAUUAUGGGAACAAGUAAAUAACUUUUCCCUAUUCACUUUCUCCACAUCACUCAUAAUUUUAUAUACCUCUCUCAUAUCCCCCCUUAGACUCCUCUUUUCCAAGCUGAAAAGUCCUAGCCUCUUUAAUCUCUCCUCAUAUGGGACCCAUUCCAAACCCCUAAUCAUUUUAGUGGCCCAUUUUAGUUACAUUAUCUACCGCUGUCACCACAGCCUCCAUUUUAGGAUAAAUAACCAUAAUGUUCAUGUCAGUUAUAUAUUGAGACACUUCUACUGUUGCUCUGUGAGAUAGAGGUUUUUUCCUCCCCAGACUGCAGAUAUCUAUAUAAUGAAGCAAUUCUCUGGCUCUUUGGUCUCAGGUUCACUUUUUAACCUGGACUAAGCCUGUUGCAUUGAGGCACUACAUCCCUGAAAGCCAUAACCUGUCCCAGCAAUAGCCUUUAUUUAUUUUUUUUUUUUUUUGCCAUAAUGGCUUUUAGGGGGUUGCUAAAUGUCUCUUAAAAACAAGUUGUCUGACAGCGAACAUUCUUCCCUGCUCUUUAGGCAACAUAUCACCUAGUGGACCUGAUGUAAUUUUUGGUGUUAUUGAUUAAAUGUUAUAUAAGUACAAUGACAUAAAGUGAAUUUAUUAGGAUGACGUUAAGAAUAAACAUCUGCAUUAUUUAAAUAUU